GUUGAUUUAUCGAAAGAAUCCCAGGACCAAGAGGCGCGCACUGUCUCCUCCAUCACUACGCUGCCGUACACUCUCUCUCUAAAAUUUGGCCUCUUGAAUCACCGCUAUAAACCCUUCCCCUCUCUCUCUCUCUCUCUCUCUCUCUCUCUAAACUUGCAUGCAUAUGUUUUUGUCAUCUUUCAUUUAAUUGGGUUCUAUUCGAUUCAUUGCUGUUUUCCAGUUCUUGUUUUGGGGCAAAAUUGAAAGAAUCGAUUGCCACAUUGGACUACAAAUUAGCAGUGAAAUUCAAACAUGUCAGAUAUUAGGAAGUGGUUUAUGAAACAACACGACAAGGGUAAUGGCAAUGCACCAAAGCUUGCGAAACCUGCAACACCAGAGAAGAAGCCUUCACAAGCCACCUCACAGCCGGAGAAACCGGUGCAGGGUGGGCAAGAAAGUUCAGGCAGAAGGAAAACUAGCAAGUAUUUUGAUACUGAUAAACAAAAGCAGAAAGAUGAAAAGGAAAUGGAGGAUCUCUCGGGAAAAAGAAAGGUUCGAAAGGGUGGCGAAGAUUUAUCUGGUGAUGUCAAACCUUCACCUGCAAAAAAACUUCACAAAGCUGAGGAAGAUGAUGACGACGACUUUGUGCUGCCAAGGAAGGGGUCAGAUAAUGUCACCCCUAGUAAGAAACUGAAGAGUAGUGCGGGUAAGGGAAUCAGCCAGAAACCUGUAGAUAUGGAAGAAAGUGAUGAGGAUAAUAUCGAAUCUCCUCUUAAAUCCAGUGGCCGUGGUGGAAGAGCUGCUUCAGCGGCAUCAACUGGUGGAAGAGGCAGAGGUGGUACGGGUAAGGGAAUCAGCCAGAAACCUGUAGAUAUGGAAGAAAUUGAUGAGGAUAAUACCGAAUCUCCUCUUAAAUCCAGUGGCCGUGGUCGUGGCCGUGGUGGAAGAGGCGCUUCAGCGGCAUCAACUGGUGGAAGAGGCAGAGGUGGUGGUGGAGGAAGAGGUGGAUUCAUGAAUUUUGGUGAACGAAAAGAUCCUCCACAUAAAGGAGAAAAGGAAAUCCCCGAAGGUGCCUCUAAUUGUUUAGCUGGUAUGACUUUUGUAAUUAGUGGAACACUUGACAGUUUGGAAAGAGAAGAAGCAGAAGAUUUGAUUAAACGCCAUGGUGGUCGUGUAACUGGAUCUAUCAGCAAAAAGACGACUUAUCUCUUAUGUGAUGAAGAUAUCGGGGGCCGGAAAUCUGCUAAAGCGAAAGAGCUGGGUACUUCCUUUCUCAGUGAGGAUGGAUUGUUUGAUAUGAUUCGUGCAUCAAUUAAAGAAAAAGCGGCUGGACGAGAAGAAGCAAAGAAACCUGUUGAUAAAUCUGUUGCAUCUCCACCUAAGAAAAGCUCACAGAAAGUAGAAGUGAAGACAAAAGGUGUACCUUCCAAAGGUUUGAAACCUGGUGUCUCUCCUGCUAAGCGGAACGAUCAAAUUACGAAGCAAGCUUUGUUGCCAUGGACAGAAAAAUAUAAGCCAAAGGUUCCAAAUGAUAUCAUAGGAAAUCAGUCACUGGUGAAGCAGCUUCAUGAUUGGCUGACGCGUUGGAAUGAGGUGUUCCUGAAUACUGGCAGUAAGGGAAAGGGGAAAAAACAGAACGAUUCUGGCGCUAAGAAAGCUGUUUUAUUGAGUGGUACGCCUGGUAUAGGGAAGACUACAUCGGCUAAGUUGGUUAGUCAGAUGCUUGGUUUUCAGACGAUUGAGGUUAAUGCUAGUGACAAUCGCGGAAAGGCUGAUGCCAAAAUACAGAAAGGAAUAGGUGGAAGUAUGGCGAACUCUAUAAAGGAACUUGUUUGUAACGAAGCUCUGAGUCUUAGCACAGAUAGGUCAAAGCAUGCAAAGACUGUGCUUAUUAUGGAUGAGGUUGAUGGCAUGUCUGCUGGAGAUAGAGGUGGAGUGGCUGAUCUUAUUGCUAGCAUUAAGAUGUCCAAAAUUCCUAUUAUCUGCAUUUGUAAUGAUCGCUACAGUCAGAAACUAAAAAGUCUCAUGAACUACUGUUUGCUUCUUAACUUCCGGAAACCUACAAAACAGCAGAUGGCAAAGAGGUUAAUGCAAGUUGCAAAUGCAGAAGGCCUUCAAGUUAAUGAGAUUGCGCUUGAGGAACUUGCAGAAAGAGUUAAUGGAGAUAUGCGCAUGGCUCUGAACCAGUUGCAGUAUAUGAGCCUCUCAUUGUCGGUCAUUAAUUAUGAUGAUAUAAGACAACGCCUUCUUAGCAGUGCAAAGGAUGAAGAUAUAUCACCCUUCACGGCUGUUGAUAAGCUGUUUGGCUUUAAUGCUGGGAAAUUGAGAAUGGAUGAGCGGAUUGACCUAAGCAUGAGUGAUCCUGAUCUUGUUCCCCUUCUUAUCCAGGAGAACUAUAUCAACUAUAGGCCAAGUUCAGUUGGCAAAGAUGAUAAUGGGAUGAAAAGGUUGAGCAUGAUUGCUCGUGCUGCUGAGUCCAUUGGGGAUGGGGAUAUAGUUAAUGUACAGAUUCGAAGAUAUCGACAGUGGCAGCUCUCUCAGACUGGCACCCUAGCAUCUUGUAUAAUUCCUGCUGCUUUAUUACAUGGGCAAAGAGAGAUACUUGAACAGGGAGAACGCAACUUUAAUAGAUUCGGUGGGUGGCUGGGAAAAAAUUCAACAAUGGGAAAGAAUUUUAGGCUUUUGGAGGAUCUGCAUGUUCAUCUUCUUGCUUCUCGUGAAUCUAACUUGGGGAGGACAACAUUGCGAGUUGAUUACCUCACUCUUUUUCUGAAACAGUUGACUGGUCCACUCCGAAUGCUGCCUAAGGAUGAAGCUGUGGAGAAGGUUGUGGAGUUUAUGGAUUCCUACUCUAUAAGCCAGGAGGACUUCGAUACUAUUCUGGAGCUAUCCAAAUUUCAUGGGCACCCAAAUCCAAUGGAUGGCAUACAACCAGCUGUCAAAGCUGCAUUGACGAAGGCAUACAAUAAAGGGAGCAGCUCACGUGUGGUUCGAACAGCAGAUUUAAUUACACUUCCUGGAAUGAAAAAAGCCCCCAAGAAGCGGAUUGCAGCGAUGCUAGAACCAGUGGACGAUGGGGUAGCAGAGGAGACUGGUGACACAAUGGCAGAAAAUGAAGAAGACAACUCUUCAGACACAGAGGACUUCGGAGGCGCCGUUGACGGUGAGAAAAAGCUGCAACUGGAUCUCCAGAGUCUUAAUUCAAAAGGAAUUCAAGUAGAUGUAGAUUUGAAGGGUUCUGGAAGUACAAGUGCCAAGAAGGCACCGUCGGGCAGAGGAAGAGGAGGUUCUGUAGCCACGGAUAAGAAAGGUGGCCGAGGAUCUGGUGCUGCUGCCAAGAGAAAGAGAUGAGACGUGGUGGUAGUAAAAAUGGGUUUUCAUUAAAACCAGUUGUAAGUAGUGUUUUCUCCUUGAACUUUUUUCCAGUUGCCUGGUGGGGGCUUGUAUGAGAAAUGGAAGAAAAUCGUCCGACAGCAUCUUUUGAAGUGUGUGAUAUAUAUUUUUGUAAAAAGAGAAGGGUGUUGUGCAAUUAUUCGACCAUGGCGUGGUCGGACGCAAGUGACAUAUAUAAUGCCCCGGCAGCAUCAGUUUUGUUUCUCUUUCA